GGCGGCGGGCGGGCGGUCGUGGCUGUGGCUGAGCCUGCGGCCCGGGGAAGUGAAUGGUUUUACCCAGAGGGCCGUGCGCCGCCUGUCUUUCUCCGCUGGCCCGGGCGCUGCUCGGCGCUCCUCCUCCACCUCCUCCUCCUCCUCCCCGGCCAUGGCGUUCACAUUCGCGGCCUUCUGCUACAUGCUGGCGCUGCUGCUCACCGCCGCGCUUAUCUUCUUCGCCAUCUGGCACAUUAUAGCAUUCGAUGAGCUGAAGACUGAUUACAAGAAUCCUAUAGACCAGUGUAAUACCCUGAAUCCUCUCGUAUUGCCCGAGUACCUCAUCCAUGCUUUCUUCUGUGUCAUGUUUCUUUGUGCUGCUGAGUGGCUCACACUGGCUCUCAAUAUGCCCCUCUUGGCAUAUCAUAUCUGGAGGUAUAUGAGUAGACCAGUGAUGAGUGGCCCAGGACUCUAUGAUCCAACAACCAUCAUGAAUGCAGAUAUUUUAGCAUAUUGUCAGAAAGAAGGAUGGUGCAAAUUAGCUUUUUACCUUCUAGCAUUUUUUUACUACCUAUACGGCAUGAUCUAUGUUUUGGUGAGCUCCUAGAACAACACACAGAAGAAUUGGUCCAGUUCCGUGCAUGCAAAAGGCCACGAAAUGAAGGGAUUCUAUCCAGCAAGAUCCUGUUUCCAAGAGUAGCCUAUGAAAUCUGAUCAGUUACUUUAAAAAUGACUCCUUAUUUUUUAAAUGUUUCCACAUUUUUUGCCUGUGGAAAGACUGUUUUCAUAUGUUAUACUUGGGUAAAGAAUUUAAGUGGAAUUAACGUAUAAAUUAAUAUAAAAUGAUUACCUCUGGUGUUGACAGGUUUGAACUUGCACUCCUUAAGGAACAGCUAUAAUUCUUUGAAUGGUUGCAUUAAUAAUUGACUGUCCUUAGUCCCAUUGGAAACUUUUGUUUAUAGAAACUUGUAGGGCUCAUUUUGGUUUAUUGAAAUGCCAUCUAAAUAUAAAUUAGCAGUAGACACCAGGUGCUUCCGAUGAACUGAAACUAUAUAUUUGACCUGUGGGAAACUUGAGGAGUUUCCGCAUCUAUCAUGUAGACGGUUGUAUAUGGAUACAUUUAUAAAAAUAAGAGUGGGAUUUUUUUCUUCUCUUUGACUUGAAUAGUAUUCCUCUAUAUUGCAUGAAUGAGAGUAUUUCCAUCAGAGUAAUAUACUUGCUUCAAUUCUUAAGCAUAAGUGAAUAAGAUAUAAAAACACACUUGCUGAAUUACUUGUGAAGAAUGCAUUUAAAGCUAUUUUAAAUGUGUUUUAAUUUGUAAGACAUUACUUAAAUUGGUUACUAUACUGUUAUACUGUUCUAGUUUGGUGGUAAAGGUAGUCUUAAGAAUUUGCAAGUACUUUAGAUUUUCAAAACUGAAUGAGAGAGAACAUUGUAUAACCAUCCUGCUGUUCCUUUAGUGCAAUACAAUAAAACUCUGAAAUUAAGACUUA